AUGUCCUUUGAGAAACAUAAAAAUGACCCUAGACUGAGCGUCGAGCUAAUUGACCGACCCGAGGAUAUCAUCCAGGCCUUUGACUGUGUAUGCGAGGCAUUCGGUCGCCAGGCGCAAGACGGCAUCUUCCUAGCCAUGAACCCAGGAUGGGAAACUCCCCAUGGGAAGGAGCUUAGAGCGGCCAACAUGGUGGCCCGCUGGCGCACUACAACCAAAGACAAGGACGGAAAUCUGAACACCUCGUUUCUGAAGGCUACGAUACCGGGAUCGGAACAGGAAAGUGAGCGCAUCAUCGUGGGCUUCGCGAUCUGGGUGCAGGCUUCGAGCGUGCAGGGCUACGGCGAUCUUCCAGUGGAGGAUCUUCGCAAGGGCAUGGAUCUAGAGGCACUUUACCCCGGAAACGAACGCGAGCAGCGUUACCUCUGCCAGGUUAUGGCCUCUUUACACCGGCGCCGCAUCGAGGUAAUCAAGGAGAAGGCCACCGCAGUACCCCCAAUGGUUAUGGCCUUAGACAUGUGUGCCGUGGAUCCAAGCUACCAGCGGAAAGGAGUUGCCAGAGAGCUAGUACAGUGGGGUCUCGACGAAGCUCGUCGGCGUGGCGAUCUGGAGGCUGUCACCGAAGCAUCCAGCAUGGGGAGACAUGUGUACGAGAAGAUGGGAUUCCAGGCGGAAGGGCCUAAUAUCGAGUAUUUUGUGGAUGAGGAGUUUAAAAGUCGCAGGAGACCGCCCAAUAUCUUUAUGCGUACCCACGGCAACCUCGUAUGA